AUGAAUUCAAUCAAUCGUUAUCAGCUCAUUUUUUAUAGCGUCAAAAGAUUAAGCCAUAUAAUAAUGUUUAUUAGAUUAAACAGAGUAUUAUCAUCUUUUAUCCCAGCAAGAUCCUUUAUCUCAGGAACGCAGAUGAAAUCCACAGAAAGAGCAAGAGAAGCUCGCUUGAUGAGAAAACUGGAAGGAAAAUCUUUUGUGUACCCAAACGAGGAAACAGUAGGAUUUCGAGGAAGACAGCCAUGGUCUCCUGUAGAUAAAAGACCACUCCCUUCAGGAUAUAGAGGACAUCUGGAAGCUGUGUUGGACGAAGCCAAUGACAUCGUUAAAGACGCAUACAGUAUGCACAAUGCGUCACUCAAUGAAAUCAGGUCUGCAAGAAUCCGUGAAAUUAUUGCAAAAUGGGGGAAUCAUAAGAAAGACAAUGGAGACGCUGCAUGCCUAGUCUGCAUUUUGACAGAGCAUAUUAUAUCCUUAAGCCAGCACAUGAGAGCAAAUCAUAACGAUACCUCAGCAUUUCUUAAAUUAAGAUAUAGGCUUGACCAAAGAAGAAGAGCAAUGAUGUACUUGAGCAGAACGAACCAUCAUAAGUAUCUCGAAGUUAUUCAAGAAUUGGGACUCAGGGAUAUCAAGUAUCCACAUCACAAAGAGCAUAAGAACAUCAUCACCUAUAGGUAA